AGGAGCCAAUCUGCCAGAGAAACAGCCCCAUAUCCCAAACAGGAGCUGCUCAGACUGUGUCACAGGCACAGAACUACCAGGGCUGCAAACACAACCACAGGGAGAGCCAGUGCUACAGGGAACAGCAGUGGGAAGCUUGGUGGGACCACAGAGCAACAGCAUCCAGGAGACAUGAAGCACCCACUGAGAUCACAAGGGAGCAUCUGUAGCCCAUAGCCAGGCACAGGAGAGCAAGGGCAGGUUGGACUGACAUAGAUAGAAGCCCCCCGGGCCAGGAGAUGAAGGAAGAGCCUCACCAUCUGACACAGCUGUCCAAUGAAAUGUCAGAGGAUGGCCUGGGACAACCGUACAGAAACAUGGCCCUGGAUUCUUGCCAUUGCCAUCUGGCUGUCCAGCCGGUAAAUAGUUCUGUGCAACAAUAUAUUGGGUCUAAAACUACCAAAUGACCCUAUACUGACUCCCAACACUGUCUGCCUGACAUUACCUGGCUUGAGCAAACGCCAGAUGGGUCUGUGUGUGCGUAACCCGGAUGUCACAGCCUCAGCUCUGCAGGGAAUCCAGAUCGCUAUCCACGAAUGCCAACACCAGCUGAAAGGGCAACGGUGGAAUUGCUCCACAUUGGAGACCACAGGCAAAAUGCCCCAUGACAGUGCCAUCCUCAAAAGAGGAUUUCGGGAGAGCGCCUUUGCCUUCUCUCUACUGGCAGCUGGUGUAAUGCAUUCAGUUGCUACAGCUUGUAGCCUAGGCAAGCUUCAGGGCUGUGGUUGUGAGUGGAAAAGACGGGGUACUGAAGAGAAGAUACGACUGAAGCUGAAUCAGCUGCAACUCCAAGCUCUGUCUAAAGUCAAGGGUCUUCCCAGGGACUUGACCCCACUUCUUCGAGAGACACCAGAGCCCAGCCCACAGGAUACCUGGGAAUGGGGAGGCUGCAAGCAUGAGCUGGAGUUUGGGGAGAAAUUCUCCAGAGACUUUCUAGACUCCAGGGAGUCUCCAAGGGAUAUUCAUGCAAGAAUGAGAAUUCAUAACAACCGUGUGGGACGUCAGGCUGUGACAGAGAACAUGAAACGUAGAUGCAAGUGCCACGGGACAUCUGGCAGUUGCCAGUUCAAGACUUGCUGGCAUGUGACUCCUGAUUUUCGAGCUGUUGGUACCCUAAUGCGGGACAAGUUUCAGCGGGCUGUAUUUGUUAACUCAAGAAACAAGAAUAGUGGGGCCUUUCACCCACGACUGAACAAGAAGCGCUUGGCAAAGGAGCUGGUGUACUUUGAGAAAUCUCCAGAUUUCUGUGAAAAGGAUCCCAGAGUGGAUUCCCCAGGCACUCAAGGGCGAGUGUGCAACAAAACAAGCCAGCAGAUGGACAACUGUGCCAGCCUUUGCUGCGGCCGAGGACACAAUAUACUGAUGCAGACCCGGAGAGAACGUUGCAACUGCCGUUUCCACUGGUGCUGUUACGUGAUGUGCGAAGAAUGCCGUGUCACACAGUUGGUCAAUGUUUGCAAGUGAAUCAGUCAGAGUCAUGGUUCUUGAACAUGGGGGGGGCUUUAUUUAUCAAAGUCUGAAUUUAUAUGACUAUUUUAAUAAAAAAGUCUGACCAAACUAGAA